AAGUCGGUUUAAAAAAAGUUGAAGAGACGUUUUGUGUACGAGAGUUUGACAAGUAUUGAAGAGGCUGUGAUUUGUGAAGCGGAGAGGCCUAGUUAUAUAAUCCGUCUAACUAACGGCAAAAAGCUGGCUUUAUAAGGUGGCAUUAAAAUUUGUAAUAAUGCCUGAUUAGAGAUAUAUUGGGUUUUAACUUAUACGCGAUCUUUGCUAAAACCAUUAGCAAUCCUGUGUUCCUGGGGUUUGACUGGCGAUAAAACUAUAAAGCAACGAUUUUUGUACCACGCGUUUAAAAGGAAAGGCGACUCUCAUAUAGAAGCUAUGGUUAUGUAAUUCCUGUCUCGAAACUUAUGUAAAUAUAAGCUAAAGCGAUACACGGUUGUAAAUAUGGAUUUGUCGCGUUACGGGACCGGUGUUUUGGGCAGCACCAUUGCAGAGUUUGCGAGCAGUUUCUACUUUGUGUUUUGUUCUUGUGUCGCAACGACGCUUUGGCCAAAUCACACGGAAUCGUCAGUUCUUUUCAUCGCAGUUCUUUCUGGCCUCAUUCUAGCCGUGGUUUGUGAAUGCAGUUUGGAAAUUACUAAGGCUUGUGCAAAUCCAGUGGUGACAAUCGCCUUGUAUCUUACACAACGACUGGACAGACUUCGUUUUGUCUUCUUCAUUCCCGCUCAAAUUCUUGGAGGAGUCACUGGAGCGGCCUUUUAUCGCCUCGUUACUCCAAAGUCAAGUCGUGAUGAAACAAACAACAAGUCGGAAAUAUUUGAAAACGAUAUUGAACUCAUACAAGGCUUUGUGAUCGAAUUUCUGUUGGCAGUUUUGUUCAUAUUUGCCUUGUUUCACGUCCUUUUUUCACGAUGUGCAGAAUGUUGUGGAAGAAACGAUGGAAGCUCUUGGAAGAUUGGAAGCGUAUACACUCUUUGUGUCCUGAUUGAUUUUCCAUACACUGGUGGGGGCCUCAAUCCAUCGUUCCUGUUAGGACAGGCUAUUCUGAGAAAUCAUUGGGCCAACUACGACCGUGUGGAUCAUUGGGUAUACUGGACAGCGCCAAUCUUGGGCGGCGCAUUGGGCGGGAUUUUAUACGAGGUUUGGAAAUCAGCUGGCGAAUUGAAUGAUAUUGAACGAUAUAGUCAUUUCAAAAGAAUGGUUGCUUUGUUGUUCGUACUUGUUCUGGUCAUUACUUUUGCAAUUGUUGUAACCGUCGCUCUAUGAGUGCUGAGAAAUACUCAAUACUCGCAUGGAGAGAAUAACACCCCCCUGGCGAGUCAAAGAAUCAUUAGAAAGAUGCUGGUGAGCAGGGGGGGCACUGAUAGGAUUAUUUUGCGAAGGUGGCACACCGGCAGUCGGGUACUAAUAACUUUAUAUUUAAUAUUUAAUACAAUAUAAAUUACAGGUUUAAUUUUCACCAGGGGAGGAUCAUUUCAGGCAUGCUCGAUGGGGAGCAUGCGCGGUGUGGAAGGAAUUGACGAGAAUAACGUCUGUUGACACAAAACUUUAACACCACACAUGGUGGCAGUUUACCGCACAAAGCACACUCGUGUUUCAAAAGGACGUUGCUGUGCUUUUUAUGAGAUUUCCGACCACAAAUAUUCUGUUUAAAUGCUGUCUUUUUGGUCAUCUUUUCAUAUCAGCGCAUGUUUCAUAUCAUGCAUUUGCCUUUUAAACGUCCCUAUUUGUCACAAACAUCGCGUGCUAUGAUAAUUAGUGGCCAACUUCGCUGUAACCUGAUACGUUUCAUGUUUUUUUUUAUACGUCAGGGAUAUUGUAUUUAUCAUCAAAGAUUAUUUAAAUCUUAUCUUUUAGUAUUUAUUUAAGGGCUCUAAAACUUUGAGUAUAAACACUUCUGAGUUCUGCUGGUCUGGGAAUAUUUAGGUUUGCUCACCAGUGCACAUGACAAUGGUAAUCGUAUAUGAUAAUAUGAAUGUCUAGAAGUGGUUAGUUCACUCUUUUGAAUAAAAAACAGUUUUGAGGACUUCGUGAAUUACAAGACAGGCAGUGAAAGACGAGUGCUGUAUGGAAUCUAGACUAGAGGAAACCGUUUGCCUAGAAACAUCUAGACCUUAUGAGGGAAUGUUAGCAAAAGUCUGAAUGUCUGAUCCAGUUCAUUGACCUUCUAGUAGCAUUUCAUCUUUGUGCUAAUCAGAUAACGCUGUAUUCAGCGAUAGUUCCCUUUUAUGGCCGACAACAAUGAAGCGUGGUAGUUCAGAAUCAGACAAAGACGUCGAAGAAAUCUUUGUUGUCGUUUCAGCCUGGUAUGAAAGUCAGCGCUAGAAACAUCGAAGGAUUUCUCUUGGUAUUUUCAAGAGACUCUCUCCAAACUGAGAGAUGCACAAAAAUGGGCAUUACUGACGAGAGUUGCGUUCACAAAACUGUAUCAUCCUGAAAACGAUAAAUCGUUUUUGAAUUGCAUCCGUUGAGACGAUUUUGCGGUGACAUACGUUUAAGCUGUUGGACUAUUUAUAAUUAUAGGACAGAACAACUUGUCGGUUAAGUAGUUUAAAAUAAAAGGGACUUUUCGCGCAACCAUUUGGUAUGUGCGGAUUUCUCGUGGGUGUUCGGACAAUCAGACAAAGUGAUGUAUGCAGAUAUAACUUUGCAGUAUAGGUUUCCUGUUUGGGCAGGCCCUGAUCUGAAUACGAAAUGUUUACUGUUGGACCUCUAUAGCAGAAACAAACUGAUUGAUCUAUUGAGUUUGAACAAACUCAACAAAGUUAGUUUAGUUUAGGCAUUUUGUCCUGUAGUAACACUGGAUCAAUAAGAGAUUAUCCUUGCUGGACCUCUAGAAAGAGGUCAUCCUUGCUGGACCUCUAGGAAGAACAGUUUAGAGGUAAUGAAUCAAGCUAAGUCAGCUUAGGUGUCUCGUUCCUUGUUAGUUCGUCCAAUCAAAGAUGAACUUCACUGACCCGUCGUCUUGAAAGAACUGUUUUGUCUCUCGGCAAAACGCUUUGAAAAGUACCCUUUUUAGUUUGAUCCAAAUCUCACAGAAUAAUAUCCGCGUUCAUGCCCAAAACCGGGCUCGAAUAAAACGCUCCCAAAUCCGGUAGUGGGCGCUACUUCGUCCUUCGCAGAUUUAUCACCCUUUUAGCGCAAUGCGCGCGCUUUUAUUUGUAAUCGUUUAAUUACCUAAGUUGAUACCCUCGAUUAGCCAUAAUUAUAUUUAAUAAUGCAUUCUACGUAUUGAUGCUUUAUAAAUUAAGGUUAAAGCACUCAGAAACGUCUUGAAAAGUAAUCAAAGUUGUACUUUUGGCAACGAGAUUUGAAGAGUUGCCAUCGACAUGCCCUUUCCGCGCGCGCUCACCUCUGCUUCCGGUCAUUACCCAUAUAAGGAGUGUGUUACCUAAUAUGGCAUCCGAGAAUAAUUUCUAAUUUUAUGUAUUUUGGAUGUAUCAAGUUGUUUGACGAAUGUUUAGUUCAUAAAACUUCGUUUUCCCCCCUUUUUCUACCUAUGUGAACGAAAUCGCUACAAAUAUGGGUUGUUGCUCGGUGAGAAAGGCCAUAGGCGUGCUACAGAUAUUGCAAUUGAUUGCAACUAUCGAAAGACAGAUCUUCGAUUUUCUCGGAUUUAUGUGGGCGCCGAUUUUAGGAAAUUUUAUGCAUCUAUGUUUUGUUGUGAUCGGGUUGUUCGGCGUCCAUCAGUACAGAUCGAAGUAUGUUGUUACGUAUGGUGUCUGGUGUCUAGUUUGGCUUGGGUUAAAUCUUUUUGUCAUCUCCUUGUACUUAGAGAUUGGAGUGGUAACAUAUAUGGAUGAUUGGUUGAGCUUUAAAACCGAGCAUAUCAGUUGGUUUAAGGAGAAUGGCAUUGGUUGUAGCACACGUCAUGUCAAUCAAACUAUGAAUGGGGCAAAGAAAAUGCCGGUCACAUCAGGGUGUGUUCUUCAGUUUGAGUAUGUGGAGACAAUUCAAGCUGGCAUCCAGUGCAUGUUAUCAAUUUUAGCAUUUCCAUUAGCCUUCUUCCUGGCAAAAAACCUGCAUGAAGAGGAUGACAGAUUUGAUUUUAUUGGUGGUUUUGACUCCCAUUCUGCAUACGAGCCACCAUCAAAAUCAUCCAAACUGCGUAUGGAACCAUUACAAUCAUAACCAGGCGAAUUUAGCCAAAGAAAAGAAGAGUAAUACACCCAACUUUGUGGUAGAUGUAUCCUUGCUGAAAUCUGUCUCAAUUGUAAAAUUGAAGGUUAUUAAUCUGAACAAAAAACAGGCCAUUUCAAGACGAAACUAUAGGAGAUAUAAUGCUAUGAAAUUAAACUUCAGUCUGUAAAAAAAUUUUGAUCCUGCUAGGACCGAGAUUUCUAAAUUUUUAACUCUGUUGUACUUUUGAAAAUAUGAACAGUUGGUCCAAUGCUCCAGUAAAUUCUAUUAAAGCGCGUCUUGCAACGAAAUUUAGGGCAGAGAGUUGUGUUGCCAAGGAUCACUGCAUAUCAAAAAGCAUCGUAAAAAUUACG